AUGUGGAAUUUCACGUUCUUCGGAGACCACAAACAGAUGAGAGCAUUGACACACGCUUUUUACGCAGGAUUUAUCGUCUCCACCAUUCCGGCGGGCUGUGUGGCAGACCAUUACGGUGGUCGUUGGGUGAUUACUUUCGGGAUUCUUAUGAGUUCCCUCACCACUAUGAUGUACCCUAAAGUGGCUCUGCACGGCUCUGUCAGGCUGCUUGUGGCCAGACUCAUCCAAGGUUUUGGGCAGGGUUUGGUGUACUCCAGCACGUACUCUCUACUGGCACAGUGGACCCCAAAGUCCGAGAGAGCCAGAUCUAUCGGAAUAGCCUUAUCAGGAAGCUUUGUAGGAUGGGGUGUAGGAUUUGGACUACCUAAGUUAUUUCAAAAGUUCAUGGACGCGUGGGAGAUUCCGUUGUAUCUGACUGGAACCGUGUGUCUGUUCUGGGUCCUGGUUUGGCUUCAUUUCUGCAGUAGCAAACCCAGCCAAAGUGUCUACAUCACAGACACUGAACUACAGUAUAUCCUGAACAACAGAGAAGGUAUAGAGGACGAGAUUCUAUCGAAACGUCUCAAUGUACCAUGGAAAGCUGUGUUAACAUCGCCCUCUGUGUGGUCUCUCGUGCUCAUUGACUGGGCUUUUAGCUGGGUACAAUACCCUAUGAUGCACCAGCUUAAGUACUACGCUGUCAAUGUACUCAGAAUCACCAAUGACCUGAGCCGAUCAGCGGCGAUCUUUGCGGAAACGGUGACGCCUUUCUUAUCUACAAUAUUCUGGAGCUGUGUCAGCGACUACCUGGUGAACAACAAUUACAUGUCCCGCACAGUCAUCCGGAAGCUAUUUGGGGUAACAUGCAACAUGCUGGUAGCACCUUGCCUUCUAGCCAUUCCCUUGGCAGGCUGCAGUAGCCUCACGGUAUUUUCUAUCUACGAGGUUAUAACCUUCAACUCCGGAUUGCACGUUUCGGCGAUAGGGCCCAAUCCACUAGACCUGAGCCCCAGACAUGCUGGAAUGAUAUCCGGCCUUCUAAGAACGUCGGGGAUUGUCGCCGCUAUCUUCGCUUGGGAAUUUGUACUCACAAUGGGAAUGCCCAGUGAUAUCGAUCGGUGGUGGAUACUGUAUCUAUGGAUCAUCGCGCUGUUGGUAAUCCUGUCUCUGCCCUACAUCUGUUUCGGCUCGGGAAAGAUUCAGCCCUGGAAUUUUUCUACUAGGGGCUCCAGGCAUACCUUAACUUCUCGCACAGUAACAUCCAUACCUUCGCGUGUUCUUCAAUAAAAACACAGAUAAAAUUA